CGCAGACUAUAAAAACAAGAGAAGCAGCUGUUUUUAGGGUUUGUGCUUCGUCUACCUCCAGCUCUCUCUCUCUUCAGCCUCCUAAGCCGCCGAAAAUGGUGAACGUGCCAAAGACAAAGAAGACAUACUGUAAGAGCAAGGAGUGUAGGAAGCACACCUUGCACAAGGUGACACAGUACAAGAAGGGCAAGGAUAGCUUAGCUGCACAAGGGAAGCGUAGGUACGAUCGCAAACAGUCAGGUUAUGGAGGACAGACCAAACCUGUCUUCCACAAAAAGGCUAAGACCACCAAGAAGAUUGUUCUGAGGCUCCAGUGCCAGGGUUGCAAACAUGUAUCCCAGCACCCAAUCAAGAGGUGCAAGCAUUUUGAGAUUGGAGGGGACAAGAAGGGGAAGGGAACUUCUCUCUUUUAGGAGGCAAACUUGGUCAUUUUCGUCUUGCUAUAUUAUGUUGCUUAAAUUUUUCUCCUUGUUUGAGCUGGAAUGCAACUAUUAUGAUACUUCAUACACUUUGUAGUUCAAUGCCAGGAAUUUUGAUGUUUGAAGUUUGGUUUUAAAUU